AUGGUAGACGUUGAUGCCGAUAAUGACAUAGAUAAGCCAGAUUUUGGUAAGGUGGGCUUGGGAGAGGAGGUGAAAGUAAAAUUUUGGGAGGAUUUAGAUGAGGUGGUGAGAAGCGUUCCUAGCUCAGAGAAGAUUAUCUUAGUAGUGGACUUCAAUGGGCACAUUAGGGUCUUACCUGUGGGCUAUGAUGAUGUGCAUGGAGGUUUUGGUUUUGGUGAUAGAAAUGGUGAGGGAGCUGCUCUGUUUGAUUUGAAUAAAGAAGUGAAGAAGAAAGUGGAGAUUAAGAAGGGGGCUUAUGUUAAGUUGAGUAAGAGUAAUGAUAAAGCAGAGAAGUGGAUAAAUAGGGAGGUGUACAAAGUAGCAAGCAAGGAGGCUAAAUUAGCAGUUACGGCUGCUAAGUCAGCCACGUUCGAGAGCUUAUAUGCAGGGUUAGAGGAGAAAGACAGGGAAAAGAGGUUGUAUAGGCUUGCUAUGGCUUGGGAGCGGAACAGUCGUGACCUGUAUUAA